AUGGACUCUGAGGUUGUGGCAAGCAGGCUUGUUGAUGCACUUUCACAUCUAGUACAGCUUCAGACUACGGGGGAGACACUCACAUGCACGCAACCGAAAGUUGGUCCACCGCACGUGUCGCUAAUACUUUCUCUUCUCAGCUCAACAGCAUCGCAAAGCGUUGAAAAACGGAUUCAUGACAUCUUUGAAAGAAUCGCAACUCCAGGUGUUGUCCGCUUUGACAACUCUCAGGUGCCCUCAUCAUCUGCUGCUACGUCUGAGCCUCCCUUUGUUUCUGCGUUGAGGUUUAUUGCCAGGAAACAAAUACCAGCUGUUUGGGCACACGGCGAGACGCUUGCAUGUGUUUUCGAAGGCCAAGUGUGGAGUGAGCAAGAAUCUAUUCGAUCCUGCGGCAUGCGAAUGCUUUUUGAAGUGUUUUUGUUAGUCCCUCGAAGCAGGAAAAAGAUAUUGAGAGCUAUUCUUGUCGCUCUAACGAAUGAGGAUACUCCGCAACUAGUGACCGAUGCAUUCUGUCACUUGCUGGAACAAAUAUGCGGGGCGCGGGAGACUGCCAUUCAUCUGCGUGCCUAUGCAUUGGAUUUGCACGCGUUACUUAACUUUGCGGAUGCCAUACCUAUGCGCGCGGAUUGGAGGGUUGUUACGGCUAUAGCAAGACUAUCAGUUGACAAUCCGCAGCAGUCUGACCGCGUGAUAUCAUUCUUGCGAAAGGCUGCGGGCUCCAGGCUUUUGAAACUCCAGCGCAUUGCUGGCGCUGGCUUUCUUGCGCUGAUUGAACAUGACGCAAUACCCGAAGAAACACGAGAGGAGGUGCUUAUUGCUUUUGCGGAUAUCCUCGCACUCUCAGAGACUCCUUUGAGAAACUAUCUCAUUCAAAUGAUGCUUGAAUACGUGGAUAGAAAUGGUAGCCAUCCACCUCGUAUUCGAGCGAUUGCCGAUAUAGUUGUGCAGCACGUGCGUAACUCUUCGAUGGAGUGUUCCUUUUGCGAUCGAAAAUCGAUGCAAGCGGCAACUGGGAAAGGAACUGAAAAGCCCGUUGCUUUUGGUCAAUCGACGUUUCUUGAACCACACUUCGGACUAUGCUGUAGCGGCUUCGAUGCUGCACUUCUUAUGAGACUGUGUCGAAGGAUUGGAGCUCAUCAUUCACCAUUAGCGAGCUUUUAUUGGGACUUUGGCGAAUAUUUAUGUGAUGUCAAACAGGUCCUCAAAGACAUAUAUUCGAAACCGGAGAAACAGGGUUCAACGAUUGACAGGGUUACAAAAGUAUGUGAAUUGUAUCAAACUAGGAUUUGUAGCGAUACUAGUCGAUCAAGUGAACGCUAUUUGUCAGGCUAUGCAGUAUGUCUGCUCAUUCGCGCUGUUGAGGAAUCGAACAAUCGCUCUGAAACGUCAUCCCGCCACAAUAAGAGAUACGCGAGAAGCAAUGGCUCAUUUGCAGUUCUAGGAUCUGUGUCAGCACGAGAAGCUGUAGCCAUGGGACUGUCUGAAGCUUUCAAAAACAACAUCACCGGUGCCGUGUCAUUCAAGGAGUGUAUAGAAGGAAUGCGAUGGCUGGCGAAUGCCAGUGCAAAUGUCCUGCUUAGACGAAUUCUGUUUCGCGAAUUCAUGUCCAUUGUUGGCAGUAGGAUAAGACAACCGGCCUUGCUACCACGAUUGACCUUGGAGGAAACUGAAACGUUUGCAGGCCUCAUCAAGAAUUGGUUUAUUUCCACUUCUCCAUGGGCAACGACUGAAUCGGAACAUAGCCCAGAGUCUCCUUGCUCUGCGAAUGCGCACACGAGGGCAGAAGACUGGCAAGCUACUCUGUUGUCAUCAAAGAAGCAGUCGUCCUUCAGUGCCCAUCCAUGGGAUUGCAAAGAAUGUGUCGAUGUGGCAACACACAUCUUAUCCGAAGCGGGCAUUGCCGAAAUCCAAUCAGCCUGGGACUCUGAGACUGCUGUCUCACAACUUACAAAGCUUUCAACGUCUCUGCGACUGUCAAUACGAUCAUCAUGUAUGACACUUCUUAUCAGGACGAUACAAGACUGGAGCCCCGCCGACCGACUUGCGUUGCUGCAUAGUAUCCUGCAAGCGGCUAGACCACUAGAAAUUGUUGAAGCGGCAAGCGAUUCGACAAAUCACGCACAAGGGAGCGGAAAGCAAACCGACUCCGAAUUUGAUACUUCGGAAUGCAAUCCAGCUGUCAAGGAAAUCCACUCUAAGGAUAUGGAUUGCAACUCCCAAGUAAAUGGUAGCCACUCGCCGGAAGGUUUGAAGAUUCUGCAGUCGACCACUGUUCUCUCCAGAGUGUUUCGCUUGGAAUUUCAACACGGUAUUAGUGUAGCCCUCACCCUUUCUUACUUCGAUUUGUUUAUUUGGCUGCGAAAAGAGGCGGGGGACGACUGCGAAAGUGAAAAGCAGACAAGGGCGAUUAUCGUCUCAACCAUGAGCGGGCUCCUGCGUGACUUUUCUAUCCGGCAGUCAACGGUGCUUCGACGAAUGUUGUCAUUGCUAUUGGAUUGCUUUGAUGUUUUGCAAGGAAUAGAAUUUGCGACAGUCGUCGUUCGCUGUUUGAGGGACGGGAUCGCUCUUGACGAUCGCCGCGGAGAGGUCAUAGGUACCAUUGGGACCCAAGAUUUCGAUGCCGAUAUCAUAGAAGAAGCGAUCAAUUUGGAUAUCGAAAUGCGAGGGAUUGACAACACCAAUGUCUGCCGUCCCAAACAUCAAGAUGCAGGUCAUCUCUCUCUAACAAACAAACAGAAUUUAGGUUCAGAGCAAGACGAAGCAGGCCCUGACACCGACUCAAUUAGAACGCUCUGCCUCGGCGAAACAGAAGACAAUGCCGUCAUGUCCAUCUUUUGUGUGUUGGAGUACCUUAGUCGCACGGUUCGACACGUCCUCGAGCGCCGAAGACGGACAAAAUCAAAGUCAUAUGUUCCCCCUGAAAGCGAAUUAACUUCAACGCGAGGUGUCGUGGGUGCUCUUAGAGAGCUGUUUGUCGCGCCGUUCAUGAGAUUUUCAGUUCCUAAGACAAAUCAGACCAUGUUGCUGUUGUGGAGACGUUUGGGUGUCAUCAUGCAGAGUCUCACGGAAUUCGUCGAAAUCCAGAUACGGCUGCUACCAACACACAUGUGUGCGCAACAAGAACCGGGACAUCCAUUUCGCGGGCUCCUCGACCUUGUGCAGGAUGUGUUGAAACUGCUUUUCGAGGAGGGCCACCUAAAGUGGACUUUGUCCUCGCCGCAACUCAUCGAACAACGACCACGGAGUGUGUUAUUGCAAGAAAGACUAGACGCCACAGCCACCGCUUUUGUCCUCUGCCAUGAGAUCGAAGCAUCCCCUAGUCUGACGGGGAUUCUACUCUUGCUCCAAGAGCGCGUGAAAGAUAUCGGUUCCCUAAAGCGCAAUGCGAAUGAAAAAUCUAAGAAUUGGGUUGGUGUUCACGUGCGACCUGAUUUUCAGUCGAGGCCGAAAAAGAGAGCGCACUUCAGGUCCCGUAAUAGAUACGUCGACGGAUGGCUACGGGAGGAAAACGGAGAUGACAACUAUGUGGACCUGGAGGAUUUUAUUGUUCCUCUUGAGGGCGAUACAACCUGA